ACAAAAAAAAACAAUAAAUUUUUCUGUUACCCAAAAAAAUAUAAAAACCAAAUAUCAAAAUCAAUCACACUCAAUCUACAGCCAUGAGCGAUAACUCUGAAAGCCAAGCUCAACGUAUCAUAGCUGAUACAUCUGAGGCACGUUCUGAACGCUCUUACAAAGCAGCAGCUCAUAAUCCAAGUAAUACUCAAGAAGGACGUCUUCAUGCAGCCGAGAAAUUAGCCGAAUUGCAUGAACAACGUACUGGCGAAUCUUUGGAUCCUAAACAUGAGGCGACUAUUGGCGAAAAGAAACGACAACCGGAAGAGCAAGAGCAAGAAUGAAUCUUUAAAAAAAAUGUCACUCGUAUUUCUAAAAAUAUUUUUUUUUUUUUAAUUCUUUUGCUUGCUCUUUCCGAAAAAUUCUUGGGUUUUGUAGAACUUUUUUGAUUUAUUUCUUAGUUUUUUUCGUAACUUUUUGAAUUAUAUUUUCUUUUUUUUGUUCCUUCUUUCCUUUUUUAUAUUCCUUUUGUUAUCUUGUUAUUUUUCUUGUUUUUUUUUGUAAACUCUUGAGUCUUAUCAAUUAAACGAGUUAAA